UACAUUAGGGCACUGUCUACCUAGCUUUACAUUCAUAUUAGUUGUCUAUUGAGUUUUGUUCUUAGUGAUUGUUUUGCUCUUUAUGUAGCUGUUUUCUUCACCAUAGUGUUUAUAGCUGGUGUUUGUUUCCAGAGGCCAAACCUCCCUCCACUCCCUCGCAGAAUUCUGCUGACGGAACAUUUUACACAAGCUUCAGAAAAAGAACAGAACAUUACAGUCCGAUUUAAUGUGUUUACUAGAGAACGCCUCAAAAGAACUGUCUGUAUGUUUCAAUAUGUAAACAUUGAGGAGAGAUGUUUGGAAGAUGGAAUGCAAAAUCAUGCCGGCAGACACCAUAAUCGCAGACCUUUUAACAGAGCUCCAUCAACUCAUCAAGCAGACACAGGAGGAGCGGUCGCGCAGUGAACACAACCUGCUCAACAUCCAGAAAACACACGAGAGGAUGCAGACUGAGAACAAGACCUCCCCUUAUUACCGGACUAAGCUGAGGGGACUCUACACCACAGCCAGAGCAGACGCUGAGGCAGAGUGCAGUAUUCUUCGUCAUGCCCUCGACAAAAUUGCAGAGAUCAAAUCCUUAUUGGAGGAGAGGCGAAUAGCGGCUAAGAUGGCAGGGGUGAACAGCGACAAUGACCCCCCCAGGAAGACCAUGCGGAGGGGGGUGCUGAUGACACUGCUCCAACAGUCAGCCAUGACGCUCCCGCUGUGGAUCGGCAAGCCAGGAGACAGUCCUCCUCCCCUGUGUGGGGCGAUGCCAGCCAGCAGUGACUACGUGGCCAAGCAGGGGGACAAGGUGGCAGCGCGGGUCAAGGCCGUGGACGGAGACGAACAGUGGAUCCUGGCCGAGGUGGUCAGCUACAGCCACUCCACCAACAAGUACGAAGUGGAUGACAUUGAUGAGGAAGGAAAAGAGAGACACACCCUGAGCAGGCGGCGUAUCAUCCCCCUGCCCCAGUGGAAGGCCAACCCAGAGACGGACCCGGAGGCCCUGUUCAGUAAAGACCAGCUGGUGCUGGCCCUCUACCCCCAGACCACCUGCUUCUACAGAGCCCUCAUCCACACACACCCACACCGGCCCCAGGACGACUACUCAGUGCUGUUUGAGGACACGUCGUACGCAGACGGCUACUCCCCGCCCCUCAACGUAGCUCAGAGAUACGUGGUGGCCUGCAAAGAGAACAAAAAAAAGUAAAGAAGAGAAGAGGGAGUCAGUCGAAAUCAAGGGGACUGAAGAUGCUGUGUAGACAAGUGUUCCAAGACAAGUGUUUCCAACCACCCCUCUCCCCAGAAUAACAAUGGGUUCCAUACCCUAGCCACACGUAUGGACACACUGAGGGCAGGUUUGGGCAGCUAUCUGUGGGGCUCAGUCAAUCUAGGGAGUUGUAUUGAUAUCCAACGGUGUGUUAUCAUGGCUCAUCUGUAUGAUCAUCGUGAGACGUGCAGGAUGUUCUGUGCUCUGUUCUGUCUGUAUUGGCCUGGUGGUGACAUGACUAUGCUUCUUGUGGAACGGGCUAUGCUGCAUGUGUGAUGUAAAAAAACAAAAAUGUUAACAAAAAAAAAUGUUUUUUAAAUUUGUAUGUUGACUAUGGACACUGAGUAAGAAUAAAUGUUUUUUUAUAUACAGUACCA